AUUGUAAGUUGUAGAUAAGGAAAAUUUGAGACGGCUUGGCUUAGAAGUGGAUGGUCUCAUCAAAAUUGACUGUAUGUGUAUGUGUGUGUGCAUCAAGAUCAGAAGGGUAGCUAGUUAGCAUAAUGCUAAUUUAUGCCCCAAGUCCAGUGGUUUUUAAUACAACAAGCACAUCAUCCUAUAUUCUUGCCGGAGCUGUCAAAAGCAGUAGCAAUAUCAACAAGAGCACAGGCUAUCUCACCAGAGGCAGCGGCAGAUUCAGCAUGACCAUUACGAGCUUGUUUGCUGCUGGCGCAGUUUUAGCCUCAGCAGCUGCAGGAGCAAGUGUUGAGGCACCCCAACAACAACAACAACAACAAGCAGAGACAGAGACUCUAUCGAACAUACCACAAACACUGUCAGGUGGGGAGUGUGCAUCAGUAUCUCCUAAGGAUUGCAAGAAGGCUAGGAUCCAACGGCCCAAGUCAAGGAAAGCAGAGUCAUGCACUAUCAAGUGUGUCACCACUUGUAUCCGGGGCGGUGAAGGCUCCCCUGGAGAAGGCCCUCUCAAUGUUAGAAGGCCUAUAGUGGUUUUCAAGCAAGGAUUCCGAAGCCGUAAUUACUGUUUGGUGGAGUGCUCCGAUAUUUGUAAUUUGAUCGGAGAUGCAGAUGAUGGACCUUAAUUUGUAAAUUCCUUUCUCUCAAUUUGAAAUACACUCAAGUCUUCUUCUUUUUCUUUCAA